CAGUUGGCGAGGGGGCAAGAUGGCGGCGGUGGUGGAGCUGGAGGUUGGGGGGCCUCUCGAGCACGACGUGGACGAGGUUGACCUGUCGCACUUGGCCCCGGAGGAGCGAUGGAGGGUGGAGCAUGUCCGGAUGCACGCCAAGCACCGGGGCCACGAGGCCAUGCACGCCGAGAUGGUCCUGAUCCUCAUUGCCACGCUGGUGGUGGCCCAGCUCCUCCUGGUGCAGUGGAAGCAGCGGCACCCCCGCUCCUACAACAUGGUGACCCUCUUCCAGAUGUGGGUCGUUCCCCUUUACUUCACAGUGAAGCUGCACUGGUGGCGGUUCCUGGGGAUCUGGGUUUUCUUCUCCGCCGUGACGGCCUUCGUUACCUUCAGGGCCACCAGGAAGCCCCUCCUCCAGACAACGCCUAGGUUGGUUUACAAGUGGUUUCUGUUGAUAUACAAGAUCAGCUACGCUACGGGGAUCGUGGGCUACAUGGCCGUCAUGUUCACGCUCUUCGGGCUUAACUUAUUAUUCAGAAUCAAGCCGGAAGACGGCAUGGAUUUCGGGAUCUCUCUCCUCUUCUAUGGCCUCUAUUACGGGGUGCUGGAGCGGGACUUUGCGGAAAUGUGUGCGGAUUACAUGGCGUCCACCAUCGGGUUCUACAGUUCGACAGGGAUGCCCACCAAGCACCUCUCGGACAGCGUCUGUGCCGUCUGCGGGCAGCAGAUCUUCGUCGAAGUCAACGAAGAAGGCAUCAUCGAGAACACCUACCGGCUUUCCUGCAACCAUGUCUUCCACGAGUUCUGCAUCCGGGGCUGGUGCAUCGUGGGGAAGAAGCAGACCUGCCCCUACUGCAAGGAGAAGGUGGACCUCAAGCGGAUGUUCAGCAACCCCUGGGAGCGUCCGCACGUCAUGUACGGCCAGCUGCUGGACUGGCUCCGCUACCUGGUGGCCUGGCAGCCGGUCAUCAUCGGACUGGUCCAGGGCAUUAACUACAUCCUGGGGCUGGAAUAGCCGCGGGGGCCGGCUCCCAGUUCCCCCUCCGACCUUCGCCAGCCUUGCGCCUGGGGAGCUGUGCGUCGGUGUCGGCGAUGGCAGCACCAGGAUGGCGAGCGGAGAGCGGCGGAGGCGGCACGGUUCUUUUUUUACGGAAAUCACUUACUUACCUCUCAGGAUUGCGUCCUCCUGCCCGGCGCGACGGGGAAAGGACUCACACGAGGGAGACGCUGCCGCCGAGGGGAAGGGAGGAAGGGAGGGGGGGGAGGAGAGAGAGUCCUUUUUUAAAAAAAAGAGAAAGAAAGAAAAAAGAAAAUAAUUAUUUUAAUGAGCAUAUUUAAAGUCUUUUUAUUGCUGGUGUUUCAAAAAAGGGAGACGGUUUUCUCUGCUGCCGUCCAGAGCGCUCUUCCUGCGUUACUGUUUGGAUCAGGAAACCGAAUUCUUGCAGCAAUGUCCUUGCCACGGUUUUAGGGCGACCCUUUUAUUCCUGGUGCAGAUGGGCCUUUUGACAACUUGCAGACAAGUCGGGUCAGCACUUGAGAGGAAGAAGAGUGUUGUUGUACAACCUGGUGUUGGCCACAUCAAGCUGGGCCUGGACCUAGCGAGUCCGAAGAGCUCAGAAGUCGCCCUGUUUAGAAAACAAAGCCCCAAGUUUGGGAGUCCUUUGCCCAGGAGGCAUCGUUUACCCCUUGCCUCGGACGUGGGUUCCUCUCCUUGCGUUUUUUGCACUCUUUUUCUGCUUGCAACUUGGGUUUUGAGUCCCCUUUGGUCUUUUCUACAAAUCCCCCAGACCCUUCCUGGUGGGAAGCAAAGUCCCACUCUCUUCCCUCGUUGCUUUCUUUCCCGAAGAUGUCAGAACAUCGGAUAGUGUUGUCAUUGUUACCGCAAUCCAAGAAAGAGCUAACUCAAGCUGCAACUAGAAUCAAACAAGGAUAUUAUCCAGGCAAAUGUUUAGGAGUCACAGUGCAACAGAUUGGCGUUGGUGUUUUGAUCAAGAGACUCGAGUCCUUGCCACAGUUUUAGGGCAACCCUUUUAUUCCUGGUUCCAGCUGGGCCUUUGAACAACUUGCAGACAAGUCAGGUCAACACUUGAGAGGAAGAAGAGUGUCUGUGUAGGACGCGGCGUUUGCCACAUCAAGUUGGGCCUGGACCUAGCGAGGCCAAAGCAUCGCCAGACAAAGAGCUCAGAAGUCGUCCUGUUUGGAAAACAAAACCCCAGGUUUGGGACCUCCUUUGCUCAGGAGGCAUCGUUACCACUUGCCUCGGAUGUGGGUUCCUCUCCUUGCAUUUUUGCACUCCUUUUCUGCUUGCAACUUGGGUUUUGAGUCCCCUUUGGUCUUUUCUACAAAGCCCCCAGACCCUUCCUGGUGGGAAGUAAAGUCCCACUCUCUUCCCUCGUUGCUUUCUUUCCUGAAGAUGUCAGAACAUCGGAUAGUGUUGUCAUUGUUACCGCAAUCCAAGAAAGAGCUAACUCAAACUGCAACUAGAAUCAAACAAGGAUAUUAUCCAGUUUAGGAGUCACAGUGCGACAGAUUGGCGUUGUUGUUUUGAUCAAGGGACUCGAGUCCUUGCCACGGUUUUAGGGCGACCCUUUUAUUCCCGGUUCCAGCUGGGCCUUUGAGCAACUUGCGGACAAGUCAGGUCAGCACUUGAGAGGAAGAAGAGUGUCUGUGUAGGACACUGCGUUUGCCACAUCAAGUUGGGCCUGGACCUAGCGAGGCCAAAGCACCGCCGGAUGAAGAGCUCAGAAGUUGCCCUGUUUGGAAAACAAAACCCCAGGUUUGGGACCUCCUUUGCUCAGGAGGCAUCGUUACCACUUGCCUCGGAUGUGGGUUCCUCUCCUUGCAUUUUUUGCACUUCUCUUCUGCUUGCAAUUUGUGUUUGAGUCCCCUUUGGUCUUUUCUACAAAGCCCCCAGACCCUUCCUGGUGGGAAGUAAAGUCCCACUCUCUUCCCGCGUUGCUUUCUUUCCUGUGAGAAGCACUGAAGAUGCCAGAGCAUCAGAUAGGGUUUGUUGUCGUUGUUACCGAAAUCCAAGAAAGAGGCAACUAAGACUGCAACUAGAAUUGAGCAAGGAUAUAAUUCAGCAUCAGAUAGAGUUGUCAUUGUUAUCGAAAUCCAAGAAAGUGGCAACUCAAACUGCAAGUAGAAUUAAACAAGGAUAUAAUUCAGCAUCAGAUAGUGUUGUCAUUGUUACCGAGAUCUAAGAAAGAGUGAACUCAAACUGCAACUCGAUAUAAUCCAGGUAAAAUUUUAGGAGUCACAGUGCAAUAGAUCGGCCGAGAGGAGCAGCCAACACAGAGGGAAGAAAUAACAACAACAACAAGCCUUGGCAUCCCUUGAAGUGACUCUUGCAUAGUUUGCCAGCAGUGUUUUGUGCUUUCGAGUCUCAGGGCAGCGGUUGAGAGAGCCUGAAAGUGUGUUUCCAGUUUGGACGAAGCAAGGGUUAUCUGCAAGUGAAGUGCUUGGGACGGUCCUGAUGCAAGGAAGCAGUGGUCAGCGCAGUGUGGCUUUGUACACUGCCUUGGUUACUGUUUAUGUUUCUGAGAGUGACCCCAGAAAGCCUCUCAUCUCAACUGAGAAUCGAAAAAGAAGAGCGGCUGUUUGCAGAAGGACUGGCCUUCCUUGAAGGUCUCUAGACUUUCCACCGAGGAGUAAACCUUGGAAAACAAGGAGCUGAGUUGGAGCAAUCACUGCAGCCAACAUGGAGGGAAGAAAUAACAACAACAACAAGAAGCCUUGCCAUCCCUUGAAGUGACUCCUGCAUAGUUUGCUAACAGUGUUUUGUGCUUUCGAGUCUCAGGGUAGUGGUUAAGAAAGCCUGAUGGUGUGUUUCCAGUUUGGAUAAAGCAAGAGUUCUCUGCAGGCGCAGUGCUUGGGACAGUCCUGAUGCAAGGAAGCAGCGGUCAGCACAGCGUGGCUUUGUCUACUGCCUUGGUUACUGUUUAUGUUUCUGAGAGUGACCCCAGAAAGCCUCUCAUCUCAACUGAUAAUUGAGAAAGAAGAAUGACUGUUUGUGGAAGAACUGGACUUCCUUGAAGAUCUCCAGACUGUCCACCAAGGAGUAGCCCAUAGGCACAAGGAGCGGAGUGGCAGCAAUCAUUGCAGCCAACACAGAGGGCAGAAAUAACAAUAACAACAAGCCUUGCCAUCCCUUUUGUUUCUGAGAGUGACCCCAGAAAGCCUCUCAUCUCAACUGAGAAUCGAGAAAGAAGAGUGGCUGUUUGCAGAAGGACUGGCCUUCCUUUGAAGGUCUCCAGACCUUCCUUGAAGGUCUCCAGACCAGUCAACACAGCGUGGCUUUGCCCACUUCCUUGGUUACUGUUUAUGUUUCUGAGAGUGACCCCAGAAAGCCUCUCAUCUCAACUAAGACUCAAGAAAGAAGAGCAGCUGUUUGCAGAAGGACUGGCCUUCCUUGAAGGUCUCCAAACUUUCCACCGAGGAGUAGCCCUUGGAUACGAUAAGCAGAGCGGGAGGAACACUUGCUGGAUCUUGACCCUACAAGACUCCAUACGUGUCAGUGUUAUGGUUUCUACAGAGUGGGUAAUUUAUAACCUUUAAGCAAGCCAACGGUCUUGUGAGGAAGUUCAAAGGCUGGCUUUGCGGUGAGUUGCAAAUUGGGCAGAAAGGCGACCGGUUGCCACAAUGCCUUGCUAGAUUAUGCAUCCUCAUCCCAUCCAAGUGCAUUUAGGGGAAUGAUCAGGAAGAAGAGAUGGGGCAAUGGCUAGAAGAACCUCUCAAAGGGCAAAAUUAGUCAUUUAUGUAAAGCUCCCAUUGAGGACAAGAUGGCUUUUGGGCUGCAGAAAUCGCUCUGCUUGGUUGGCCUUUUGUGUCUUUUCCUCGACCCGAGGAAUGAGCAAACCAAUUGAAAAAGGGAGGGAAACUAUGGUGAGAAAUCUCCCUGUUUGCAUGUUUUGGUGUUUACCUGGCUUCGAUCUCACUCAGGUCAGGAAACUUGAGGGAUGGGAGAAGGAAAAGGCUCUAUUUGCGUGUGUGUCCCUUUUACCGCCGUUACUUUGAUUUUUUCCCCCUUGCCAGAUAAUAAAAGGAAAGCGUCUUUAUUUGCACCCUCUCUAAUUAUUCGGGCCAUUCACAGCCGUGCAAAACACACGAGUCCCCGACAAUGAGCUUCUCCACUGGACAGAUCUUUUGGAAAGUCGUCAUGUCACCUGAGAAUACCUUUUCUAAAAAUGUGUAAUAAAUUUUGCUGAACUGCUU